CAAGCAAAGGGUGCGACUCCAAAAAAAAAAAAGUGAGGCCAACCUGAAGGGCGGAACCCCCAAAUACAUACUCUAUCGUCAAGGGCAGUGUUUGUGAGUCAUCAACAAACCCAAAAUAUCAAGAAAUAGCAGCAAACAAUAGCCACUGCCCAAAACCCUUCACCUCGCAUAAUCUUUCUCACCUGCAGAUUAUCGACAAUCCUCGCCCAAGUCGCAGUCCCAGGUCCCUCAGUCGAAAUUGGUGACACGCCAUUAUCAGCCAAUACCCACUCAUCCUCGUUCGCUUUUCAAACCCUACCCGCAUCAGAUCCCCCAACUGAUAUCGUAUCGUACCCUCAACAUGGACGGAAAGCGACACCCCAGCUCGUUCCAGCAGCUCGAGAAGCUCGGUGAAGGUACCUACGCCACCGUCUUCAAGGGCCGCAACAGACAGACUGGAGAGCUUGUAGCGCUCAAGGAAAUCCACCUCGACUCCGAAGAGGGAACACCGUCGACCGCCAUCCGAGAGAUUUCGUUGAUGAAGGAGCUCAAGCACGAGAAUAUUGUAGGCCUGCACGAUGUUAUUCACACCGAGAACAAACUCAUGCUCGUCUUCGAGUACAUGGACGGCGAUCUUAAGAGGUACAUGGACACUCAUGGCGAUCGCGGUGCCCUCAAGCCUACCACCAUCAAGUCCUUCAUGUACCAGCUCCUCAAGGGCAUCGACUUCUGUCACCAAAAUCGUGUUCUUCACCGCGAUCUCAAGCCCCAGAACUUGCUCAUCAAUAGCAAGGGCGUUUUGAAGCUCGGCGAUUUCGGCCUUGCCCGCGCCUUUGGUAUCCCCGUCAACACCUUCUCCAAUGAGGUCGUCACCCUAUGGUACCGCGCCCCCGAUGUUCUCCUCGGCAGCCGAACAUACAACACCAGUAUCGAUAUCUGGUCCGCGGGCUGCAUCAUGGCCGAGAUGUUUACCGGUCGACCUCUGUUCCCCGGAACCACAAACGAAGACCAGAUCAUCCGCAUUUUCCGCAUCAUGGGAACACCAACAGAGCGUACCUGGCCCGGUAUCACACAGUUCCCCGAGUACAAACCUACAUUCCAUAUGUACGCCACUCAAGAUCUUCGAAACAUCCUCCCGGCGAUUGACCCCAACGGUAUCGAUCUGCUGCAGCGAAUGCUACAGCUUCGACCAGAACUGAGGAUCAGUGCCCAUGAUGCCCUUCAGCACGUUUGGUUCAACGACCUUAUGAUGCACCCUCAGCAGCAGGCUCUCCAAGCGCAGGCUCGCGGAUACCCCCAGGCUGUUCCCACUCAAGGUUUCGAGGCGUAUUAGAACUUGCCCCAACCCCCAGUGGCGGGAGACCAAGAUUUCUAGUUUUGCCUGCGUCAUGAUCACAGCGUUUUUGAAUCGAGCUGUUUCAGUAACAGCGCCUCACUGCAAACCAAAAGAAGAAAAUACCGGAAUAUUACGUGACGACUAUUUCUCAGCACGAUGGAGUUAAGGGUCAGCAUGAA